AAAUAUAAUAACAAAAAAUGUCAACAAAAUCCAUUGUGAAAAAUUAGGAAAACAAUUUUCCUGCAUAAAAUUAAAAAAAAUUCUUAGUAAAAAAGAUUAGAAAAACUUUCAACUCGAAUUAAACAAGUGAAGUACAAUGAGAUACAUUAGAUGUGCUCACAGAAAGCUUUAUAAUACAAAUCUGGUUAACAGCACGUUUAAAUCUACUUACUUAUCCUGUGGUACCGAUAAACCAAAGAAUGAAGUAGCAGUCGUUGUUGUUGGUGGUGGGCUUGCCGGUCUUUCGGCAGCCAAUCAUUUAAUUAAAAAUGGUUUUAACCGAACAAUAGUUUUGGAAGCUACCGAUCGUUAUGGUGGACGCAUAAUAUCAAAACAAUUCGGGGAUGCUUAUUGCGAAUUGGGAGCAAAAUUGGUGCCAAUAAAUGCAAAGAAGGAUACUGUGUAUAACAUAGUGCAAAAUAUGAGAGGACUACCAAAAAAAGUAAUGCAAACCAAAGACAAAAUAUAUGUUAAUGCGUCUGGAGAAAGGGUGGACAGAAAUUUGCCGGAAUUAAUAGAUAUACUCUAUAAGAGACUUUGUUCGCAUAUACAGUUGGACGAGAAAUACAAAGCAGGAGAAAUGGAUGAUUUGAACAAUGUACACACUUAUUUUCAAGCAGAAAAAUCUAAACUCGUAAAUUCGGUUUUCAAAGGGGAAGAUCAGAAAACAGCAAAUGAAAUAUUUAAUUCGUUAAUCAAAGAGUUUAGCAGUUUGUUUGGUUGCUCGCUUCAGUACGUAAAUAUUGAACAUAUAACAAAGCUACAAAAUGCUGUAAAUAAUGCAAACGCCAUUUAUGUACCAACUGGUUUAGACAAUAUUUUAAGUAUUUUAACAAAGAACCUGGGAAAGCAGCAGCUGAUGAUUGGUAAACCCGUUGGAGAGAUCAAUUGGUACAUACCAUCCAGAAGUGGAGAAAAAUGUGUAGCUUGCUUAGACGGUGAUGUGUAUCUUGCGGAUCACAUAAUAUGUACUGUUCCUUUAGGGGUGCUAAAAAUUUUUUCUGAAAACAUGUUUAGACCUGCAUUACCGCAAAGUAAAAUUAAUUCUAUUAAAAAGCUUGGUUUUGGUAGUCCUGUUAAAAUAUACUUCGAAUAUGAAGCAAAUAUUGAAAAUUGGCUUAGGAGUAGUUUGCGACCACUGUGGACUACGGACGGGCUUUAUUCGGAAAUUGCAUGGACGAAACAAGUGGUCGAGAUAUCGAAAAUGCCCAAGAGUAAUCGGGUAGUUGAGAUAGUUAUUGGUGGCGAUUGGUAUGAUAAAAUCGAAAAAUUGCCAGAUCUCGAACUGCUGACUGAAAUAACAAAACUAAUGCGCACCUUAUUGAAGAACGAAAAUAUACCUUACCCAAGUUCAGUGUUGCGCUCCAAUUGGAGCACGCUGGCAUGCUACUUAGGCGGUCGGCCUUACUUCUCCACUGGUAGCACAAUUAGCGACGUUUUGACUUUAGCUGAACCCUUGGGGCCUACAAAGAGUUUAUUGUUUGCUGGUGAUGCAACUAUAGUGGAUGGCUUUGGUACAGUAGAUGGCGCCCAUCGGAGUGGAAUCCGAGAAGCUCAACGCAUAAUCGAUCAUUACAAUAGUCAAGUAGCGGUGAAAGCGAGUAGCCAAUAAGAAUAAAACAAUGUGAUAUUUUUGCUCAGUUUUAUUUGAGUGAACUUGAGUUUUGAAAAAACAAUAUAAAUAGCUUAUUUAUAAGCAAAUAACACAACAACAAUGCAAAACCGCUAAAAGCUUUGAGUAUAUAGUUUUGGUCACAAUAUCAACAGGAAUAAUACAAUAUUUUAAGUAAUUACGUUCUAAUGGAAUAUAUAGAAUGUUCACAGGCAUUCGUUGUCGUAAAACCUAUUGAAGUACAUCUUCAGAUAUCAUCAGCGGCUUCACUCACUUCCUUCCAAGAAUAAUCCAUGUCCUCUGGCUUAGUAAAUCUGGAACAAACUGCCAUGCGCAAAAAGUAUAUAUCAUUUAUUUUGCUUGGCACCAUAUGAAUCUUUCCGCGCCCAUUAAUGUGUUUUAAUAGCUUCUCAUUCCUUUCAUUAGGGCCCUUCAGUCGGAAACAGACAAGACCCAUAUUUACAUCACCAACAAUCUCAAAUCGAUUAUCGGCUCUACAAAGGUUAGCAAAUUGUGUGGCGUAGCCGCAGUGACGUCUUAUGUGUGCUUGCAAAUUUUGCACCCCGUAUAAACGUAGUACAAACCACAGUUUUAAAGCACGGAAGCGGCGCCCCAAUGGAAUUUGCCAAUGUCUAUAAUCGGGGGCGGAACCCUGCAUGUCAUGCUUCAAAUACAAUGGGUCAACGUUGAACGCAUUAACCACCCAACUGGGAUCCUUUAGCCACAUAGCGCUGCAAUCAAAAUUCACCAGCAUCCAUUUAUGGGGAUUAAAAUUAAACGAAUCAGCUGUUUCCAUUCCUUUCAUGAGGUGGCGAUAUUCGGGGCAGAUGAAAGCGGCACCAGCAUAGGCAGCGUCCACGUGCACCCAGACCCCGUAUUUGUUGCCAACAGGACCACAUUCGUCCAAGUGAUCAAAAGCACAAGAAUUAGUGGUGCCCAGGGUGACUACGGC